CUGGAGGUUGCUGUCUUCUUGGACACUGUAUGGACGGUUAUGCUUGACCCAGAAAGUUUCUGGAUGCAAACUCUGGAAGACUUUAAUUAGUAUUUACAUUAAUAUUUUGUGUUAAGGAAUCCCUGGAAGCACUGUGACCACCACCUCUGCCAGCACCAUGCCCACCGUCUCCAUCGUCUCGGCGUCCCCAGCACCAUCCCCACCGUCACUGCGUCCCCAGCACCAUCUCCACCGUCUCCAUCAUCUCGGCGUCCCCAGCACCAUCCCCACCGUCACAGCGUCCCCAGCACCAUCUCCACCGUCUCCAUCGUCUCCGCGUCCCCAGCACCAUCCCCACCGUCUCCACCGUCACGUCGUCCCCAGCACCAUCCCCACCGUCUCCACAGUCACGGUGUCCCCAGCACCAUCCCCACCGUCACUGCAUCCCCAGCACCAUCUCCACUGUCUCCAUCGUCUCAGCGUCCCCAGCACCAUCCCCACCGUCUCCAUCACCUCAGCGUCCCCAGCAUCAUCCCCACCGUCUCCACCGUCACGGCGUCCCCAGCACCGUCCCCACCGUCACAGCGUCCCCAGCACCAUUCCCACCGUCUCCAUCGUCUCAGCGUCCCCAGCACCAUUCCCACCGUCUCCACCAUCACGGCAUCCCCAGCACCAUCCCCACCUGCCAUAGAGACUCUCACUUCUCCUUCAGGUCUCCACUCACCUUCACUUCCCUUACUCUUCAACCUAGAUAUGUGUAUUCUUCCUUCAUAGAAUUUAGCUUAGAUUGCAGCUAGAUUGCAACUAGAUGCUCCCAUGUGUGUGAUUAAUGCCCGUCUCUCUCAUGAAGCCAUAAAAAGAAUUGUUUGUUUAGCUCA